CAUAAUCUUUGUUAUACUACAAACACAUUAGUCCGCACACUCCAGAAAACCUACGGGGUUAUCAAAAGAAGCAGCGAAGCGCCGAAUAAAUUAGUCGUCAACAAACAGCAAGAUCAUGAAAACAUUGUGUCUUCUCUUGCUUCUCGGUGUUUUUAAAUCGUACAAUUGUCAGGGAAGAAAAUUUCCAGAGUAUUUUAAAUUUGGGGCGGCCACAUCUGCGUAUCAAGUGGAAGGAGCAUGGAACGAAGAUGGGAAAGGAGAGAACAUAUGGGAUAGACUGACUCAUACGAGAAAAGAACACAUAAAAAAUGGUGACAACGGUGACAUCGCUUGUGAUUCUUAUCACAAAUACAAGGAGGAUGUACAACUACUCAAGCAACUGGGUGUUGACUUUUACAGAUUUUCUUUAUCUUGGUCCAGAAUUCUACCCUCAGGUUUUAUUGAUACAAUCAAUUGGAAGGGAGUGGAAUAUUAUCAAAAUUUGAUAGAUGAACUUUUGGAUAAUGGCAUCGAACCGAUGGUAACCAUUUACCAUUGGGAUUUGCCGCAACCUCUCCAAGAUAUUGGUGGUUGGCCCAAUCCUCUUUUGGAGGAAUAUUUCGUCGACUAUGCAAGAUUAUGUUUUAAACUAUUUGGGAAAAAGGUAAGGCUCUGGACAACCUUUAACGAGCCAAGAUUAAUCUGCGCCCAUUCUUACGGCAGCCCGGUUAUGGCGCCGGCAAUCAACAGUUCUGGAAUUGGCGACUAUUUGUGUGGUCACACAGUUCUUAAAGCUCACGCAAGGGCUUAUCAUUUGUAUUAUGAGGAAUUCGCACAAGAACAACAAGGCAAGGUAUCAAUAGUCCUUGACUUCCAAUGGAUUGUACCACUGACAAACUCAACACACGAUGAAACAGUGGCCGAAAUAACUAGACAUUUUUUGUUUGGUUGGUUUGCAAACCCAAUCUACAAUGGUGACUAUCCCAAAUACAUGAUAGACCUGAUUGGUGAAAAAAGCAAAAGACAAGGCUUCCCCAAAUCCAGAUUACCAGUUUUUACAGAAAAAGAAAUAAAAUAUAUUAAAGGAACGUCUGACUUUCUGGGGAUGAACAGUUAUACAACGUUUUUGGCGACACCCACGAAGGAUGAUUCGUUUGAAGCGAGAGGUUGGGCUGAAGACAUCAACGUCACUUUCUCUCACCAUCCAGAAUGGGAACACACCGCCCAACCACUAUUCAAAAUUGUUCCUUGGGGCACGAGAGGUAUCUUGAACUGGAUCAAGAACACUUACAACAAUCCCGAGAUCAUAAUCACAGAAAACGGAUGCGCUGACAACGGAACAACCCUAAUCGAUGACACAAGAAUCAAAUUCUUCAAAGGAAACCUAGAAGCAGUUUUGGACGCAAUCUACGAAGAUAAGGUCCACGUCACUGGAUACACCGCUUGGAGUUUGUUGGAUAAUUUUGAAUGGGUCGACGGAUAUGGAAUAAGAUUCGGACUUUAUCACGUAGACUUUGAAAGCCCGAACAGAACAAGGACGCCAAAAAAAUCGGUGGAAUAUUACCGGAAAGUGUCACAAACACAUUGCCUAACAGAUCAGUGUGAUUAAGAACAGCAUAUUACAUUUGUUUAUUAAUUUAUCUGCAAAUAUGGGUAUUAAAAGCG